AUGAAGGUCCAUGAGAAGGGCUCAGAUCGGAAGGCGGAGGUUGAAUUCUGGGUCCUCGGCGGCGUCUCGCCAUGUGACGAGUAUGGCGAACACAUCGCAGGUGAUGGCGCUAUCUGCUGCUUCGUACCGGUCGAAGCCAACCAGAGGAUCAAGUUGUACACACACUUUGCCGGCACAACUAUGAAACUGCAGCACGACGUCUUGGUCGAUGGAAUUCUUCGCCAAACCAAGAUCGACAAGUCAACUUCCGUCAAGAAGAAGAACUAUCAUUCUGAUAUCACCAAAUUCCGCUUCCAGUACGACAAGGAGGUUAAAGAGACUGAAAUUAUGGCCACUAAGAUUGAUUCUAACGUCAAUCUAGUGGAGGGUGAGGAGGAGAUUUUCGGCAUGAUCGAAGUGCGAAUCUCGGUCUUGCGCCGAUUCGGACAGGAAUACUCCCUCCGUGACAUCGCCUUGUACCCGGAUGAUCCAGAAGAUGGUCAUGAGGAGACCGAGGAGGCUGGAUAUACCAAGAUUGCUCCCCAGUUCCGCAUCACGCAUGAUAAGAACGUUCCUUUCAUGAAUCGCCGCAGCGCGAGAGAGAAGUUUAAGCAGUGCAAAGAUCAGCGCCCUGGAAAGGAGCCCUGGGCCGUGUUUCGAUACUACUAUAGGACGCUUCAGUCAAUCCUCGACGCUAAUCUCCACGUCAGCACCUCUGAGGAGACCAAUGUCAAAGGCGAGACUCGGGCACUCGACAUUGAAGAGGUUCCUCUGCUGAAGAUUGGAGACACACCCGGUAAGUCUGAAGCCGAAAAUGAUGGUAGAUCGACCCGUCAGUCUACGCCGGGCAACAACUGGCCAGACACUCCCGCCAAAGGUGCAAAUGCUAAGCUAGGUCGCCCACCCAUGAUGAGACCUUCACAUAGAGUGCCAGCCAAGCCUUCUAAUUCCGUACUGUCUUCAAGUGAGGAGUGGGUAUUGAAGGAAAUUUCGACUCCUGACCUAGCUGUCGAACCGGUAGAGACGACCGAGCAGGAUCAAGCGCACCAGCCAGAUCUAUUACCCGGAUCCCCUCACUCAGACUCGACUCAAUCUACAGCGCCAAUGGCUCCCCCAAUGGGUCAAUUAGUAAAUCACCCUAGCGUGGACAUCUACGGCGACAUUAAUGGCACUAUGGGUGGCGACGAGUCUAUCGAGAUUUCCGCUGGUAAGGAUACUAGUGGCAAGGGGGAGAAGACUACAGGAGCGAAACGGGCUUCUAGCAAGCAAUCUGAUUUCCAGAUUGAAGAACUGGCCGAUAAUAAAGGUGAACAGGUCGGCGCCACUUCUGUUAUUGAUCCGAAGCCGGGCUUGAAGGCAGGUGAUGGGAUUCAGGACGAGGGUAAGGAUAAGGAUAAGGAUAAGCAUGACGGUGAGGUAUGUGGCUGGGGCAUGGAAGUCUUGACGUCCGUUUAUGAGCCUCCCUCGCAGAAAGCCGCUACCACCGAGACAGCGAACAAGUCGAAUUGCGCCUCUGCCAAUGACCUUGCCGAGAUUGAUUCCACGGAUGACAACUUCGUUAUGCAAAACAGUAAUGGGACUAAGGUCAUCAAUAACGCCGACAUAAAUUCUACCGAGUAUACAACCACCGUCAAGCCAGCUCAUCCAUCAUCCCCCCUCAAAAGGAGAAUUCUCAAGCGUCCAACUCCUGUCAACCCCACCCCUUCCACCGCCACUCCCACCCUCCAGUCAACCAAACGCAACACCUCUGCCGAAAUCUCGCCCUCAACCUCCCCAACCCUCAAACGCGCAAAACUCUUGUCAACCUCCUACCGCACUCCCGCACCACGAAUCAACGCCUCUCCCGUCCUGUCGAGAAAUAUCCCCCCAGAAACCGCCUCCCUGGAGCGGCAACUCGCCGAAGCUCGGAAGGCGCGCGACAAGGCGAAAUCCGAUCGGAAGAAACUGGCGGAGAAGCAGGCGUUGGUGGAGCAGAAGCUAGGACCGUAUCAACAGCAGCUUCAGCUGGAGCUGGAACAGGUGAGGAAGGAGAUGGAGGAGGAGGAGAGGGGGAAGGUGGAGGAUGAGAGGAGGUUGAGGGAGAGUUUGGGGACGCUGAGGGAGUUUGAGAUGGGAAGGUUCUAA